AUGAGCGAAAGCACUGAGCCAAGACAGGAUCCACCACCACAACAGCAGAGAAAGAAAUUUGAAGGACCCAAAAGAGAGGCAAUCCUCAAUUUGGCCAAGUAUAAGGAUACAAAAGUCCGUGUAAAAUUAAUGGGAGGCAGAUUGGUAGUAGGUGUAUUAAAGGGCUAUGACCAACUGAUGAACCUAGUGCUUGACGAAACUAUUGAAUAUAUGAGGGAUCCCGAAGAUAGUUCGUUCAUUCUCAAGGAUAAGACAAGGGAAUUGGGAUUAAUUGUGAUCAGAGGGACCGUACUACUGUCCCUCAGCCCACAGGAUGGUUCAGAAAUAGUUAGCAUUCAAGAUACCGAUUAA